GCGCGAUGCCGUGGCGGGCGGUGCCUCACGGGCUGGCGGGAGCCGCGGCCCGGCCAUGUCCGAGGCGUAUUUCCCCGUGGGCCCCGGGCUGGGCAUGGAGGAGAACUUCCUCUCGCUGGACGACAUCCUGAUGUCGCAGGAGAAGCUGCCGGGCCGCGCCGAGAGCGCGCUGCCGCGCCUGGCCGUGUUGAUGGGGCAGGGCGCCGGCAGCGCCGAGUCCGUCCCGGAGGGAUCAAAGCUGGAAAUCCCCCUGUGGCUUGCUAAAGGGCUGCAUGACAGCAAAAGGAGAAUCAUCUCCGUGGAACUGCCAAAGAUUUACAAGGAAGCCUGGAGGACGGUGUUCAGUGCUGAUGCCAACGUGGUUGAUCUGCAUAAAAUGGGGCCCUACUAUUAUGGAUUUGGCUCACAGCUCCUGAAUUUUGAGAAUCCAGAGAAUCCUGAGAUAGCUCAGACUAUCCUGCAGACGUUCAUUGCCCGUUUCCGCCGCAUCAUGGACUCCUCUCAGAACGCCUACAACGAGGACACGUCUGCGCUGGUGGCACGGCUGGAUGAGCUGGAAAGGGCUCUCUUUCAAGUGGGCCAGAAAGGGCUGAAUGACUUCCAGUGCUGGGAAAAGGGACAGGCUUCUCAAAUCACAGCUUCCAGCCUGGUGCAGAACUAUGGGAAAAGAAAGCUCACAGAAGUGGAUGGUUGAAAGUCUGAAGAACAUGAAGUUACAGCGGGGAAUACAGAUCUACAGCCUGUUGUAGAAGAGAAAAAUCAAUCAUUUUAGGGAAGGAGAGGCUCCCUGUCCAUUAAUGGGCAUUCUUCUCUGUAGCAGCUUUGUAUAAAACUAAUGAAAAUUUUAAAGGCAGAGGGCAAGGGUAUAAAAACUAGAUGACACCACUGAACAGCCUUACAGCUUACUCAUAGCACUCCUGAGGAGUUGCAGCUAAAGUGGUUGCUAGGUGGCUGAAAGGCUAUGAGAGGAUUUUCUAAAAGGGUAAUAAAUACUAAUUAUUGCUCCAAAUUGAUAUUUACUAUACCAGAUCUGGACAGAAAUGUAAUUUAUGUAUUUCAUCUUGUCCUUCCCAUCCCAGCCUCCUGGAAACAACUGUUGAUUCUUUGAACAGCUGUUUCCAGGUUCCCUGUUCUUUAGAGAGCCCAGUGAUGUGGAAAAAAUGUGAUACAGCAUUAUUUUUUUUUUUCAUUUCUUAUACACUGAGGUGGAACAGGUGCUCUUUGUGAGGCUGGAAUGUUUUUCUUUGCUGACUCCUGUACACAGUAGCAGUGCCCUGGAGAGAAAUACCUCCUCAAACCCACACAGCAAGUGGCUGCACAGGUCUUGUGCUACCUUAUCCACUCUCUCUUUUUGGCCCUUGUGACCUUGGUGCUGUGCAGUAAAGAGUGUUUUUGUUUGAUGCCUGUGGCUUUUGUGCUGGAUUUGUCUCUGUGAUGGGUGUUCUACAGAGGAGGAAGCAGAAGGCAGCAAAGAGUAAAGUCUGGACCAGAUCAAAAGCAGAAACUUCAAUGGAAACUCUGCCCCGUUAUCAACCUUUGAGAUACUUGUUCCUCCCUGAGAAAUUUGUCUGAUUUCUAAAUUUGGUUAGUAGAAGGGACAGAGCAAAUGAACUGAGUUUCCUUCCUUCUGAUCCAUCCAAAUGAAUCCAGGAAUACGAUCCUGGUAAAUGUCAUCCUUGCCAGUAGGAGUGACUGGAUUUGGGACUUGCUAAACAGCACAGUGAUUAUCAUCCCGUGUGGAUGCCCUUAAACCUAGAUCAUCUCAAGUCCCAUUGGACUGGAGACAGAAGAUGUGCUUAUCUCUGUAGGGCUUAGUUCCUGCAGUCAUCAGGAUGGUUGUCCUUUGGGAGCAGCAUUAGACACCUUACAGGUGCUUCUGUGCCUCUGUAGGAGGAGAACCUAAGCAGAGCAGCUGGAUUCUGGUGCUGCUGAGCACUUCCACUUCUGUGGGAAGUUCAUUUCACCUCCCUGGGAGGUGACAGCAAGAUCCAAGUCUCAGAGGAGCCGUUACUGGACUUGCAGAUGCACCUGGAUGCUGGAUGCUUCAAACAAGACCUUGAGCACAAAGGGCCAUUCCUUGGCCAGAGCUGUUGGAGCUCAGCCUGUGGAGGUGGUAGAGGGGACAGUGUUGUGCCUUCACAGCUGUCUCUGUGCCUCCCCCUCCUGCCCAGGGCCAGCUGCCCUGCCACAGGAGACUAGCUGGAAGCUUGCCUGACAAAGUAUUUGAAGUAUGUGCAGGAUGAAAUGCUGCUGCACUUAAUGACUUAAUGGCACAUAAUGGCCUAUGCAUUUGGCAGUUGUCCAUUUCUGGGUUUUUAUCUUGAAUAAAUAUUUUGUAAGGCAA